CACGUUACAAAGACUAAAAGGUUUUUUUUUGCCAGAAGAAAUUUUAACUCUCAUUAAUAGAAUCAAUGUGACAAUGUUCAAAACAUAAGUGAGAAAAACAGGAGGAAAAUCAUUCCAAAAAAUACAACCAGACAUAGAACAAGCCGCCUGAGCCAAUACAUGAGCCGCCCUGAUCGCUGAUCGUCUAACGUGAGAGAAAGAAAUCUCGGUGAAGCAAGAACAUAAUCCUCUAAUAUCGCCCGCCAUAAUCUCGACCAAAGAUAUGGUUGAACCACCCCUAAUCUCCGAUAUUGCUUUGGAUGCAUCCGAUUCGACCUCAAUAAAAUCUCACCCGUUUUCUUUUACCCAACCGAGGGCUUCCCGAAUACCAACUAACUCCGCUUCCCACGGUGAUAGCCGUCCAAUCCACGGCUUGGAAGCCCCUGCAAUAAAGACCCCCGCUUCGUUCUGGAGCAGCCAGCCCAGCCCGAUACCAUCUUCUUUAACCGCCGCAUCGACGUCUAACUUCAGCCUACCCGGUAAAGGUCUUUUCCAGGAAUUUGCAGUUGCUGCAACUUUAGUGUACUGCUCCCGACCCUACUGCUGCGCCAAGCCCCAACCAUCAACGAAAAACUGAGACUUUAACAUCACUGUCUUUGCAUCCGAAACCACCCCGUUCCACACUCUACUAUUCCUUUCACACCAUAAACCCCAGCAUUUCCAAACCAGUUUGCAGAGAUCCCCCUCCCUCUUAGUCUGGAACUCGAGUUGCAGUUGAUCCAAAAAACAAGUCGCCCCUACCGAUGCCCAGUUCCACCGAAUUGCUCGCCAUGCCGCUCUAGCUACUGAACAAGUCAUGAACAAAUGAAGCAACAACUCGUCAACCUCACCACACAACCCACACUUCUCGGCACAAUUCACUCUCCUCAACCUUAAAUUUACUGUCGUAGGAAGAAAAUCAGAGCAUAAUUGCGAGAAAAAGCUUUUAAUUGGGGGGGGGGGGGGGGGGAGUUUCCACCCCCACAUCACCGUCCAGCCCAUCCAACUACCUUCCGCUGCUUCCAUGACCAAGAACCUGUAACAACUACGGACAGUAAAGCGCCCGGAGUCCUACCAUUUCCAGCAAACUUUAUCUGGUAAUUGUCUAAAGCUAAUAGGAAUACCACAGAUUAAUUUGACAUCCCGUUGAACAAAAAGAUCAUGAAGCAAAUCCAAAUCCCACUUAAGUCCAGCCUCACACCGGAGACUCUCCACCGUAGCCCGUUCCAAUCCAUGGAUGGGCUCCGAAAUCACCAAGGGGCAGCUUUUGUCCAGGAGCCAAGGAUCACGCCAGAUAUUAACA